CGCCUUGCCCAGCGGAACAAAACGGCGCGCGCGGGCGCAUCCCGCAGCCUGGUCGGAGCGCUUCCCGCCAACCGCCCGAUCCUGCUGCAGGUGAGUGCGCCAGGCCGAUCGCGAUCCCUGCGUCUGCGCCCAGCCUCAGGAUGCCGAACUGGGGAGGAGGCAAGAAGUGCGGGGUCUGCCAGAAGGCCGUGUACUUCGCCGAGGAGGUGCAGUGCGAGGGCAGCAGCUUCCACAAGUCCUGCUUCCUGUGCAUGGUCUGCAGGAAGAACCUGGACAGCACCACUGUGGCCGUACACGGCGAGGAGAUCUACUGCAAGUCCUGCUACGGCAAGAAGUACGGGCCCAAGGGCUACGGCUACGGGCAGGGCGCCGGCACCCUCAGCACUGACAAGGGCGAGUCGCUGGGCAUCCGGCACGAGGAGACCCCUGGCCACCGGCCCACCACCAACCCCAAUGCGUCCAAGUUCGCCCAGAAGAUCGGCAGCUCCGAGCGCUGCCCCCGCUGCAGCCAGGCCGUCUACGCCGCCGAGAAGGUGAUCGGAGCCGGGAAGUCCUGGCAUAAGUCCUGCUUCCGCUGCGCCAAGUGCGGCAAAGGCCUUGAGUCCACCACCCUGGCCGACAAGGACGGCGAGAUUUACUGCAAAGGAUGCUACGCUAAAAACUUCGGGCCCAAAGGCUUUGGCUUUGGGCAAGGAGCAGGGGCCUUGGUCCACUCCGAGUGAGGCGCGCCGGCCGGCCCGCCCGCUGCCCGCCGGCCCACAGGCCGUCUCACCGCCCCCUCCCGCAGCCUCGCCCCCUCCGGCCCCCUCUUCUCAGCCCUGCCGCGCGUCACUAGUGAACGGAGCUUGGUGUCUGGUGCCCUCCUGUCUGGGAUCGGCCGGAGGUUCCCUCCUUUCAGGGACUCCCCUGCCUGGGGUCGCUGCUGUCACCGGAAGGCACCCCAGAGGCUUUAGUUUCCUGGGACAGCGGUCUCCCCACACGCACCCCACAGACCUCUAUUCUUAGCCUCCUGGUCUGAGAGUCCCCCAUCGGCUGAUGAGGCCCGGAGCCCGGCGGGGAGGCUGUGCUUUGUCGGCCACAGAGUCCCCCCCUGCAGGAGAGGGCCAGGCCUUGCGGUGUCCCUGCACAGGCCUGCGGCGGGCCCCAGCUCAGGAGUCCUGGGAGGGGGCGAGGGGCCACAGAGGCAUGAGGCAGGGUGGCAGGCCGUGACCUUCGAGGCUGUGGGCAGCCACUGUCCUCCCCUCGGGGCCGGAAAACGCCCAGGUCUGGGACCUCAGAGUCAGGAAGUGGCCUCUCCUCCCCAGCUCCCUGCGUGGAGGCGGCCCCAGUGAAACACCCUACACGCGUCUGUGUCUCAGGCCCGGGUUGGGGGGUGGAUGGCACCGCCCCUCCCCCGGGGUCCUGAGGCGGCUGCGGCCACGGCUCCUGUCCCCACACGCCCCUGCCAGUGCGCGGCUGCCAUGCCUGCUUGAGCCUCCACGUCGGAGGCUCGGCCACGGUCUUCCUGGACACCCCCCCUCCACCGGCACCCAAGCCUCGGCCCUUCCUGCCACACAGGGCCUUGCCCCUAACAC